AUGGCGCCGUACCUCGCUUCGAUGCUUGCCCUCCCCGUCCUCCUCGCUUCGGCAUCCAACCUCCUCAACCCCGCUGCAUCAGAACGCCAGGCCCGGCAUCGGGAUCUCGCACGGCAUCAUACCGAGCUGGAUAGGCGGGAUGUUCACCCCGUUCUUGGCCGGCGGACGCUCGAGCCACGAGCUGCUCAGGUGCCUUUGGGAGGGUUCGAGGUGGUGGGAAAUUCAGGCGUGUCGGCGCAGAUGAUGUUUCUGGGUACCGCAGAGACUGUCUUCAUCCUCGACAAAACCGAAAACAACCCAUUACAAGUCACUGUAAACGGUAAAUCCCGCGCCGCAUGGGGCGUCUCCUACUCCCUCUCCACAAACGUCGCCACACCUAUGGGCGUCACCUCCAACACCUUCUGCGCGGCCGGCAUGUCAAUAGCCACGGGCCAGUGGCUCGUCUUUGGCGGAAACAAGCCGGUGACAACGGAUGGCGUGGCGGUGGUGGACAAGAUAGCAAAUCCGUCAGGUGCGAAUCCGUAUGGGAAUACAGAUGGCGGAGAGGCUAUUCGGAUGUUGACCCCGUGUGAUGAUGGGUCGUGCGCGUGGAAGGAGGGGACGCAGGAGUUGACGAUGACGAGUAAGCGAUGGUAUCCUACCGUCGAGGCUUUGGGGGAUGGAUCUAUAGUCAUCUUUGGGGGAGAUAUCAACGGAGGCUACGUCUCGACCUAUGUCCAAAACAACCCAACCUACGAGUUCUGGCCAAAACGAGGAGCUCAGAUCAAGAUGGACUUCUUGAACGCUACCGUCCCUAUGAACCUCUUCCCUCUCACCUGGCUCAUGCCGUCCGGCCGCCUGUUCAUGCAAGCCGGCUACUCUACCAUCCUCUACGACCUCGCCACCCAGACCGAAAUCCCCCUCGCCGACAUGCCCUACGCCCAGCGCGUCUACCCCGCCUCCGGCGCAUCCGUCAUGCUCCCCCUCGUCCCCGCCAACAACUAUCAGCCCACCAUACUCUUUUGCGGUGGGUCCGACGCGGACCUCUCCAAAUCCUCGGACGGCGGUGCCGGGUUCAACGUCACGGCUGUCCCGGCCGACAACACGUGUGUGCGCAUCACACCGGAGGGGGACGCCAAGUAUUAUGAUGAUGAUAAUCUGCCAGAAGGGCGGUCGAUGGGGAAUCUGAUUUACCUGCCGGACGGCAAGUUGUGGCUGGGUAAUGGUGUCAACAUGGGAACAGCUGGGUAUGGGGACGACAAGUACUCGUUUGGCCAGUCAUACGGUCAAAACCCUAUCUACAUGCCAGCAGUCUACGACCCGUCCGCGGCCAAAGGAAAGCGGUUCUCCCGGACCGGUCUCUCUGCGUCCCAACACGAGCGAAUGUACCACUCGACCGCCAUCCUCCUCGCGGACGGUUCGCUCCUCAUCUCUGGCUCCAACCCGAACAAGGACGUCACGACCGUCAAGUGGGGAACGAGCUACGUCGUCGAGAGGUGGUACCCUAGCUGGUACUCCAACACAAGGCCCAAGGCUACCAGCGACUGGCCGAUGACGUUGACUUAUGGUGGACCGGCUUGGAACUUGAACUACACUCAGACGGACAAAUCUGACCCGGGGAGCACCAAGGUCGUUGUCAUCCGGACUGGGUUCAGUACGCAUGGCAUGAACUUUGGCCAACGCUACCUCGAGCUCGGCGCGACCUACACGCUCAUGAAGGACACCAACGAAGUGACGAUGCACGUCUCGCAGAUGCCCGCCAACGCAAAUAUCUUCCAGCCUGGUCCGGCCAUGAUAUUCCUUGUUGUCGACGGCGUACCAUCUACCGGACAGAUGAUCAUGAUUGGCUCUGGUCAGAUCGGCACGCAACCCCUCCUCCCUGUCGACCCCCUCCCCACGUCCCAAGUCCUCGUCUCCCAAAAGGCCGCCAACGGUACCGGCCCCGCCGUCGUCGUCGCCUCUUCGGUCCCCAGCUCGUCCGCCAAGAAGUCAGCUGCGGGCGCUGCGCGGUCCUUACCUGCUCUCGGAGGGGUGUUGGGUGGCAUCGUCCUGCUGGCCGGGAUGAUGCUUGCGUAG